AUGCACAGAACGAUUGCUUUCGCGCUGCUUAUCGCCCAAUGCUUCGCGCGGACGCAGGUAUCGCCGGAACUAUACAAUAAGUUUGAGCGAUAUACAGCAUUUGCAGCAGCAUCCUAUGCCGAUUCCUGCACCAUUCCUCCGUCUGGCAGUACCGUUGUGCAGUACUUCAACGACAACGCAACAGACACCCAAGCCACCCUGUUCGAGGACGCCCAGGCAAAAGAGCUAAUCAUCGCAUUUCGAGGUACUUCGACUCCAAAAGACCUCGAUACCGACUUCAACUUUAGCCUGGUGCCCUUGACCGCCCCAGGGACGGAUUGUUCGAAGUGCAAGGUCCAUUCAGGCUUCCAGGAGGCCUAUCAAGCUUUGUCAAAUGAAGUGGUGUCUAAGGCUGAAUCUGAGCUAUCCGCUCACUCCGAUUACUCUCUUAUUGUAACUGGACACUCUCUCGGCGGUGGUAUAGCAGCCAUCGCCACGGCAGCCCUGACAGGCCUAGGCCAUGAAGUCACGACAUACACAUUCGGGGAGCCUAAAAACGGCGACCAGGAGUUCGCGGACUACUUGGAGAGCCUGGUUUCAGAUGAGAAUUACUACCGAAUUACUCAUGCGAAUGACGGUGUUCCGCAGAUUCCACCUGCCUUACUUCACUACGUGCACCAUGGGGAUGAGUAUUGGCAGAAGGAAAAGGAUAACAAUGAUGCUACGACGACGUUUGCCUGUGAAAAGAAAAGUUCAGACUGCAAUGCUGCCCAAGACUUCGGCGAUAACCCUAUCAACCGGGCGCAUUUGACGUAUACCAGUAGUGUUAUUGGGAAUUCGUUGAAUAUCGUUGCUUGUGGUGCAGCGGGAUUCUAG